GGAGCCCCCCGGGCCCCCCCUCACUGCCCCUGGGGCAGGGCAUGUCCCUGUGCUCCGUGUGCUCAUCCUGCUCCAUGUGUUCAUCCUGCUCUGUGUGUUCAUCCUGCCCUUUGUGCUCAUCCUGCCCUUUGUGCUCAUCCUGCUCCUUGUGUUCAUCCUGCCCCAUGUGCUCAUCCUGCUCCUUGUGUUCAUCCUCCUUCAUGUCGUCGUCCUGCCCCGUGUGCUCAUCCUGCCCCAUGUGUUCAUCCUGCUCUGUGUGUUCAUCCUGCCCUUUGUGCUCGUCCUACCCCGUGUGCUCAUCCUGCCCCGUGUGCUCAUCCUGCCCUUUGUGCUCAUCCUGCCCUUUGUGCUCAUCCUGCCCUUUGUGCUCAUCCUGCUCCAUGUGCUCAUCCUGCCCCUUGUGCUCAUCCUGCCCUUUGUGCUCAUCCUGCCCCUUGUGCUCAUCCUGCCCUUUGUGCUCAUCCUACCCUUUGUGCUCAUCCUGCCCCUUGUGCUCAUCCUGCUCUGUGUGUUCAUCCUGCCCUUUGUGCUCAUCCUGCCCCGUGUGCUCAUCCUGCCCCGUGUGCUCAUCCUGCUCCAUGUCCUCAUCCUACUCCGUGUCCUUGUCCUGCCCCAUAUCCUCAUCCUGCCCCAUGUGCUCGUCCUCCAUGUCCUCGUCCUGCCCCGUGUCCUCGUCCUGCCCCAUGUCCUCGUCCUGCCCCAUGUGCUCAUCCUGCCCCAUGUCCUCGUCCUGCCCCAUGUGCUCAUCCUGCCCCGUGUCCUUGUCCUGCUCCAUGUGCUCACCCUGCCCCAUAUCCUCACCCUGCCCCAUGUCCUUGUCCUGCCCCAUAUCCUCACCCUGCCCCGUAUCCUCACCCUGCCCCGUAUCCUCACCCUGCCCCAUAUCCUCACCCUGCCCCAUAUCCUCACCCUGCCCCGUAUCCUCACCCUGCCCCGUAUCCUCACCCUGCCCCAUAUCCUCACCCUGCCCCAUAUCCUCACCCUGCCCCAUAUCCUCACCCUGCCCCGUAUCCUCAUCCUGCCCCGUAUCCUCACCCUGCCCGUGUC